UCUGCACGCUGCAGCCGCUCUCUCUCUCUCUCUCUCUCUCUCUCUCCUCACGACCGCAGACGGAGCAGACGGUGAACCGCUGGGGUUUGAUGGAAAGGUAAUGACAGACGCCGACAGCAGCAGACGAACCGGCGGCAUGGAGCAUCCUUCCCAGGGAACAUCCGGGGCGAACGCCUCCCUUUCUCCUCCGACGCUCAGCCCCGCCAUCCCUCCCUACGUCAAGCUGGGCCUGACGGUCGCCUACACCGUCUUCUACUCGGUGCUGUUCGCCUUCAUCUACGCUCAGCUGUGGCUGGUGCUGCGUUACCGGCACAAGCGCUUCAGCUACCAGACGGCGUUCCUGUUCCUGUGUCUGCUGUGGGCGGCUCUGCGCGCGCUGCUCUUCUCCUUCUACUUCAGGGACUGCGUGACGGCCAACGCGCUCGGACCCUUCGCUUUUUGGCUGCUCUACUGCUUCCCCGUCUGCCUGCAGUUCUUCACCCUCAGCCUCAUGAACCUCUACUGCGCUCAGGUUUUCUUCAAGGCGAAGUCGAAGUAUUCUCCUCACCUCCUGAAAUAUAAGUUUCCUCUGUAUCUGCUGUUUGUGGGCGUGAGUUUGCUGUUCCUGCUGGUGAAUCUGACGUGUGCUCUGCUGGUGAAGAUGAGCGACGCUCAGGUCAAGACCGUGGUUCUGGUGCGCGUCGCCAUCAACGACUCGCUCUUCGUCCUCUGCGCCGUCUCGCUGUCCGUCUGCCUCUACAAGGUGGCCAAGAUGUCGCUCGCCAGCAUCUACCUGGAGUCCAAGGGUACGUCGGUGUGUCAGGUGACGCUGAUCGGGCUGAUGGUGAUUCUCCUGUACGCGUCGCGCGCCUGUUAUAAUCUAGUGGUUCUGGCUCUGACCAACAUAGAGAGCAUAAACUCGUUCGAUUACGACUGGUAUAACGUGUCGGAUCAGGCGGAUCUGCGCUCCAGUCUGGGCGACGCGGGUUACGUGGUGUUCGGUGUGAUUCUGUUCGUGUGGGAGCUGCUGCCCACAUCUCUGGUGGUUUUCUUCUUCCGGGUGCGAAAACCGGCCCAGGACCGGAGCGGCUCUGCCAUUCCCAGCCACGUCUUCUCAAACCGACCGUAUUUCUUCGACAAUCCCAGACGAUACGACAGCGACGACGAUUUAGCCUGGGCUUCCCAUCCGGUGACCACCUCAACCAGUCUGUCGACGGACGGCUUUGACUGGAGCAGCCGCAGCAGCAGCUUCCUGGUCCAUCUGGGAGGAGACGAGCCGCGGUCGUCAUUGGCAACGGCGGGACUGAACCGUUAACGAGGCAACCGACGCUAAAGAUGUAAAAGACAAACGCACUGCACUUUAAACCACCGACGCAUCGCCACACACACGAGCAACACGUCACACGCACGACGCACCACAAGUGUGAGUCGCCAUGGCAACUGACUCCAGAGCAGUGCGCAUCGCCAUAGCGACCGCGGUCAGAGUGAUAAAGGUUCUAAACGAGGCUGUGUUCAGAAUGUCGUACUAACAUACUGCAUACUACUACUACUGCAAUACAAAGUAGUACACUAUACGUCAGUACACUGCAUGUUGACUUAAGCAAGUGGCAUCCAGUUUAUCACCUCAGAAAUGGUUAUUUAACAUUUUUCAGUCUAAUUUGGAAUAAAAUGUUGACAGUCUGAUCAAAUAGGAAGUAAAAAAAAAGUUAUACAAUAUGUUGAGUGCAUUGCAUUGUUUAUUUAUAUUUGUAUACAUUUUAUUUUAUUAGAAUUUUUCAUUUAUUUAUAUAUUUUAUUUCAUUUGUAUUUUCAUAUUUGUAUUCAUUCUUAUUUUAUUUAUUUGCAUUUAUUUUAUUUAUUUUACUUCUUAAUUGCCUUUUUAUUUAUUUGUUUGUUUUUGUUCUUUUGUUUGUAUUAAUGACCAUUUUAAAUUGUAAUGUUAUUUUAUUUUUAAACAAUUUAUUAGAUUUUUAAAAUUAAUUUUACUUUAUAUAUUUGUUUUUUUUAUUUAAUUUUAUUUACAUUUGUAUUUUGUAUUUUUAUUUGCAUUUAUUUUAAUUUUUAGUUGUAAUUCAAUUUUUUUUAAACAGUUUAUUUGACUAUUAUUUUUAACUCAUAUUAUUAUUUUAUAUUUCACUUUUUGUAUUUACGAUAGUUUUUAAUUGUAAUUUUAUUUUUAAACAAUUUAUUUUAAUUUUUAUUUGUAAUUAUUAUUAUUUAUUUGAUUUUAUUUUUAUUUGUAUUUUAAUUUGUAUUUUAGUUUUCAAUUGUAUUUUGUUAUUUUUAAGCAUUUUUAUUUCAUCUUAUUUUUAAUUAUUAUUAUUUAAUUAUUUAUAUAAUGUUAGUUUAUAAUAAGUUUAUUUUAUUUUUUAUUUGUAUUUUUUAUUUGCAUUUAACUAUUAAUUGCAUUCUAUGCAUUUUAUUUUUAUUUGUUUUUGUAUUUUUAAUUUGUAUUUUAGUUUUAAUUGUAAUCAUUUUAAUUUGAUUUUUUUCCCCAUUAUUAUUACUUAAUUAUUUCAAUUAUUUUACUUUAUAAUAAUAGUUUAUUUUAUUUUCAAUAAAAUGAUUAUUUUCAAAAAUAAUAUUCAUUGCAUUGCAUACUGCACAAUAUAACAAAUGCAUUAGUGCAAAUUCUGGAGUUUAAUGCAUACUUAAAAUUGCAUACUGCGCACAGUACACUGCAAAAAUAGCACAAGUAUGUUAGUACACAUUGUGAACACAGACGUGUGCUGUAAGUUUGUUUAUAUUCACACAAUCACAACACAGUCACAUUUACAUUGUGAUUCCAGUACAGUAGUUACAGUCAGGAUUAUGAACAAAAUGUGUAAGGCAUGAAUUUAUGUUACUUUAAGUAUUUAUCUUUAGCUGUU